AUGGCGCGACUCGCGCCAUGGUUCGCCACGGCAGUGGCCAUUGGAACGGCCGCCGCAACAGGCGAAUCAAUUCUCACCGCAGAGAUUGGCCGUCAAAAUAACCAGAGCCUCUUCUGGGGCCCAUACAAGCCUAAUUUGUACUUUGGAGUACGACCAAGAACACCAGAGGGUCUAUGGACGGGCUUGAUGUGGUCUAAAGUCGAUGAUUACGGCGAAGUUCAGCAAGGCUUUCGAUACACCUGCGAGCAGGGCGAGCAUGCGCACGGCUACGGCUGGGACGAAUUUGAUGCGCGACACGGCGGUAUCCAAACAAUCCAUGACAAGGGCAACUCGAUUGACAUUACGACGUCGUUUGUCAAGGUCCCGGGCGGCGAACACGGCGGCAGCUGGGCUGCGCGCAUCAAGGGCGUGCCUCGCGAGGGCGUACCCAAGGACAUCAACACUAUGCUCUACUACUACAUUGCGCAAGACGGCGAAGGCGAGCUCUCUGUUGAGACAGAAUCUACCGAGUUUGGAUAUACCGGUGAUGUUGCCUUGAAGGGCAGCUCUAAAUCUCUUGGCGACUACACUGUCGUUGUCACCGAGGGCAAGGGCAAGCAUCCCACCACGGAUCACGAUCUAGCCAAGAGGCGCAAGACGGACACUACCUUGGUGCACAGCCUGCAGCUCCCCGAACAUGAGCUCUGGCAGGGCAAAGCAGCCGUUUUCAAGCUGCUGCAGGCUUCUGCAAUGGAGAUUCAGCACGAUUACGAGCAAGAGAAUGCGCCGUUCCCGUGGCAGGUCUACCGUAUCGCCAACAAACCAGGGUCCGGUAACGCGCACGUCGUACAGAAGAAUUUCCAGGGCGAGUUUGAAUUCGAUGUCAUCUUUUCGUCUGCUUCAGCCGGCAAGCAAUUAACUUCGUCGGAUGUUACACGGGAGAUUAAACAGACUUCAGAACUCUUUGGGCAACGUUUCUCCAAGAUUUUCGAUUUCAAGGCUCCCUUUGAUGGCAGCAAGUACUUGCAAUUCGGCAAGAGCAUGUUUUCCAACCUCCUUGGUGGUGUCGGGUACUUUCACGGCGAGCAGAUUAUUGAUCGCUCGUACGCAGAGGAAUAUGAAGAGGACGACGACCGCUUCUGGGAGGGUGCAGCGGAAGCCAGAGCCCGCCAAAAGGCUGCUCUCGAGGGUCCUUAUGAGCUCUUUACCAGCGUUCCCUCGCGUCCAUUCUUUCCUCGUGGAUUUCUCUGGGACGAAGGCUUCCAUCUUAUGCCCAUUGCAGACUGGGAUGUCGAUCUUGCUCUAGACGUUGUCAAAAGCUGGUACAACACCAUGGAUGAAGAUGGCUGGAUUCCUCGUGAGCAGAUUCUCGGACAUGAGGCUCGCAGCAAGGUGCCUCCCGAGUUCCAGAUCCAGUAUCCUCACUACGCUAACCCGCCGACGCUCUUCCUCGUCAUUGAGGAUUUCAUGGAGCAGCUUCGCAAGUUCAACGGAUCGGUCGAGGCCAAGAAAGAGACCCUAGGCCAGGAAGAUGACCUUCAUGACGCACACCUGAAGAACACUGAGCUCGGCGAAUCCUAUCUGCGCAACAUUUAUCCUCUGCUGCAGCGUCAGUAUCAGUGGUUCCGUCGCACUCAGCGCGGUGAUGUUAAGACCUAUGACCGCGAGGCGUUUUCCACCCGCGAAGCCUAUCGCUGGCGAGGCCGUAGCGAGACGCACUGCUUGACCAGUGGACUUGACGACUACCCCCGACCCAGCCCCCCUUCGCCCGGCGAGCUGCAUGUCGACUUGCUUACCUGGGUUGGUCUGAUGACCAAGUCGCUCGUCAACAUUGCUGAUGCUCUUGGCAUUGCCGAGGACGUCGCCGAUAUGGAAAAGAAUCUCAAUGCUAUCGAACACAACCUGAAUGAUUUGCACUGGUCAGAGAAGGAGGGCUGCUACUGCGAUGCUUCCCUGGACGACUUUGAGGAGCACACUCUUGUCUGCCACAAAGGCUAUAUUUCCAUUAUGCCCUUUCUCGUUGGUCUGAUGAAGCCCAAGGACCCCAAGCUGGGCCGUAUUCUGGAUCUUCUCGGCGACGAGGAACACCUCUUUAGCCCAUAUGGCAUUCGUAGUCUGAGCAAGCAAUCCGAGUUUUACGGAACAGAGGAAAACUACUGGCGCAGCCCUAUCUGGAUGCCCAUGAACUACCUAGCUGUGAAGCAGCUUCACCACGUUGCCACGCAGAGCGGCCCUCAUAGCCAAAAGGCCCGCGACCUGUACAUACGUCUGCGCAAGAACCUCGUACAUACUGUAUACAAUAGCUGGAAGGAGACGGGCUUUGCAUGGGAGCAGUACAACCCGGAGACGGGUGCCGGACAGCGCACGCAGCACUUUACGGGCUGGACGAGUCUGGUGGUCAAGAUUAUGGCCAUGGAGGACCUCGAGGGUAAGGCGUCGCGCGAUGAGCUGUAA